AUGCAAGACGUAGCAUCAACAAGCAAGCCCACAUCGCAGAGAGAUUUGAGGAAAAUUUUUGAGAGAUCAAUGGCCUCUGAGGAAGGAAAUUUCUACCUUUCUGGACCUUCGUAUCUUACUCCUAUUGAUUGGAAUAACUCGCAUCAUCGCAAGUCCAUCGCGGCCAGUUUGGUUCAGGGUGUAUACACACUCGAAUGUGAUCGCAAACAAAAUCGACAAGGCCCUCAAGCUCUUGCUCCUGCUUGGUUCCCCUACCCUUAUCCCAACUACAUAGGCCAAGGUCCCCCACGAUACGUGAUCGCCUUCCGUGGUGCGACCAACAAAUCGGCAAAUAGGACUCAAGAUUAUAAGUUGAAUCUUCAGUUUAUUGUCAACAAUCUCGAAAAAAGUCGGCGUUUUCAAGCUGGCAUGGAAGCUGUCACAAACAUUGUUCAUGAAGCAAAUGGCCCUGGAAAUGCCUGGUUAGCAGGACAUUCCACAGGUUCAUCCAUAGCACUACUAAUUGGGAGGAACAUGGUAAAGAUGGGCAUUCAUCUCGACACCUAUCUCUUUAAUCCGCCAUUCGCUUCUCCAAUUGAACUAAUAAAAAACGACAAGUUGAAGCAUGGACUUAGGUUAGCAAAGAGUGUCCUCACUGCAGGAUUAGCUAUUGCUGCUAAUGGAGGUCACUGGCCAACACCUCACGAAAACGAUCCAUUUAUCAUGUUAUCUAGGUGGAUACCAUAUUUGUUCGUCAAUCCAACCGACCCCAUAUGUUCAGAAUAUGUUGGAUAUUUCGAACAAAGGGAGAAAAUGGAGAAAAUGGGAGCUGGAAAAAUUGGAAAGAUAUCAACACAGCAUUCAAUAGGGAGUAGUAUUGUGUCCAGUGCAAGAGGGAAGGAUUCAGAACCAAUUCAUCUUCUUCCUUCUGCAUAUUUGACUAUUAAUUUGAGUCCCUCUGAGGGCUUCAAGGAAGCACAUGGAAUUCAUCAAUGGUGGAAGCCAAAUUUGCAAUUCAACUACAAAUUAUAUCAGCACAAAUAA